UAGUCUGUAAAGCUUAUGCAGCAGUCCGACCACGCACAGUCCCUUUCAAGCGGAGAUACAACUUCACAAAAGCGGACUGGAAAAGCUACGCCGAGGAUCUAGACCAUCUCGUAGCUGAACUCGAACCCAUAUCAGACAAUUACGCCGAGUUUGUUGAACUGGUGAAGUUAGCAUCCAGACGACACAUACCACGCGGUUGCAGGACUCAAUACAUCCCGGGAAUGUCCGACGACCUUCAGAACCAAGCAGACUUGUAUUAUGCCUCUUACGCUGCCGACCCCUUCUCUGAAGAAACCAUUUACUUGGGCAAUAAACUCAUGGAAGAGAUCUCCGAGGCCCAGGGAAAAAAAUGGAACGAGCUAGUGGGAAAUGUGGAUAUGACUCAUAAUAGCAAAAAGGCAUGGACUUUCAUCAAUCAGCUUAACGGAGAUACUAAAAUGCACACGUAUCACUCAAACAUAACCGCUGAUCAGAUAGCCCAUCAACUACUCCUUAAUGGCAGAACAACAAACUCACGGAAGCCUGCUAAACUUAUCCGCCUCCCUCCUGCUCAAGAAACUGACCAUCUGAAGCUUCCAUUUUCAAUGUCGGAAUUAGACGUGGGUAUGUUGAAGCUAAAAAAUGGGAAGGCAGCUGGAAUCGAUGAUAUAAGGGUCGAACAAAUCAAACGCUUCGGACCGAAAGCCAGAAUGUGGCUGCUCCAGCUGUUUAACUCGUGCGUCGAUACAAUGUCCUUCCCAAAGAUAUGGAGGAAAUCUCACGUCAUUGCUACUUUAAAACCAGGCAAAGAUCCUGAAAAUGCGAAAAGCUACAGACCGAUAUCUUUACUCUGCCAUACAUUCAAGUUAUUCGAACGCCUUGUACUGGAACGCUUGACAACAACCCUAGAGGACGUAUUUCAUCACCCAACAGGCAGGUUUCAGACCAGGCAAAUCCUGUACAUCGCAAGUGCUCAACUUGACACAGCACAUUGAGGACGGAUUUGAAAAGGGUAUGGUGACAGGCGCGGUCUUUGUAGACCUCACAGCGGCAUACGACACCAUUAACCUCAGAAGACUGGCAACUAAGCUGUACCAAACAACGAAGGACUACAAACUUACGCAAAUGAUCUCAGAGCUAUUAUCUAACCGAAGAUUCUUUGUAUCCUUCCAAGGGCAUAGGAGCAGAUGGAGAUGCCUUAAAAAUGGUCUUCCCCAGGGUAGCGUACUUGCACCAGCACUAUUCAACGUUUAUACUAACGACCAGCCCAUUGUGAAGAACCUAAAUCACUUCCUCUUUGCUGACGACCUAGCCCUGACAUCGCAGGAAAAAUCUUUCGAGGAGGUAGAGAGUUGCUUGGCGGAAGGCCUGGAGUCCCUUUCAGCGUACUACCGGGAGAACCAACUCAGACCAAACCCAGCUAAAACACAGGUAUGCGCUUUCCACCUCAAAAAUAGACAGGCAACUAGACAAUUAAACCUUUUGUGGGAGGGUUGUCGGCUGGAUCACACUUUCGCUCCCAAAUACCUGGGCAUAACGCUGGACAGAUCCCUGACCUACAAAUCACAUUGCCUUAAUACUAAACAGAAAGUGGCGGCAAGAAAUAAUAUCAUUCGUCGGAUCACUGGAACCACAUGGGGUGCAACCCCACACACACUCCGCACUACCGCACUUGCGCUUAGUUUUUCGGCUGCAGAGUACGCAUGCCCGGUAGAUACUGCUCUCAACGAAACCUGUCGACUGAUCACUGGGUGUCUUAAACCUACCAAACGCGAUCAUCUCUAUCAAAUGAGCGGAAUCGCUCCUCCUCACAUACGUAGAGACGUGGCAACCGCUGUAGAACGCGCAAAACAACUGCGUGAUUCCCGACACCCACUACAUUCGCAUACUCCUAUAACCGGCAGGCUAAAGUCACGCAGGAGUUUUGUCACCAAUCCAGCCCUCGAGUACCAAACGCCACAAGAGGCCCGUCUCGUAGCAUGGAAAUCGCAGCUCAAUGAAGACUCGCUAAACAUAACACCUAACGAGCGCUUACCACCUGGCGCAAAAGAAAAAUGGGUAACCUGGAAGUCUCUAAAUAGACUAAGAUCGGGAGUUGGCCGAUCCAAAGACAACCUCCUGAAAUGGGGAAUCAACCCAGGACAAAGUGAUGCACUAUGCGAAUGUGGCGACCUACAAACAACGCAACAUAUGAUGCAGUGUUCCCUGUGUCCAACUAUGUGCACUACAGAAGACCUCAUAAGAGCUACCCCCCGGGGGUUAGAGGUGGCAAAAUAUUGGCAAAAUACAAUUUAGUUAUGAUCCCUUCACACGAUAAGAAG